CUCUGUUAUGCCCAUAACGGCAGAAAGCACCGGCAGCGGGAGCCCGUAGAAAGAUGAGGCUAUCGGCGUUAUUUAAAAUUCUUGCUUGACUUAGCCGGCCGGUCCGCCCUCCGUCAGGCAACCCACGAGCAACAAAAUCCAUUGACGGGAUUUUCUUUCUUCGCCUCUCUUCUUUCUUCUUCUUCUUCUUGGGAAUACUCAGAAGCCGAUGUUCCUCAUGGAUUCCAUACUGGGUAAGAUUAGAGGGCCGAAGAAGAAGGAAGCAGAGGAGGCGGUUCGGCGCCCCGAUUUCUGGAUCGAAACCUCCGAUUCCGUCUCCCAACUCUGCACGUUCGAUGCCGAUGGCCUCCUCUCCGUGAAGGUUGUCAGUGAUUCAAGACCAAUAGUUCAAAGAAUGCUCGAUUCUUUCCUAAACAAAUUUUUUCCAUCAGGGUAUCCCUACAGUGUGAAUGAAGGCUACAUGACUUAUACGCAAUUUCGUGCACUUCAGCACUUCUCCAGUGCUGCACUAUCCGUCUUAUCAACUCAGUCGCUGCUAUUUGCUGCAGGCUUGCGACCUACUCCUGCACAAGCAACUGCUGUGAGUUGGAUUUUGAAGGAUGGGAUGCAGCAUGCAGGAAAGCUUAUAUGUAGCAAUAUGGGUGCAAGAAUGGAUUCAGAGCCAAAAAGCUGGAGAAUACUUGCUGAUGUGCUCUAUGAUCUUGGCACUGGUCUGGAGGUUCUUUCACCAUUAUGCCCGCAUCUUUUUCUUGAAAUGGCUGGCUUAGGCAAUUUUGCAAAGGGCUUGGCAGUUGUUGCAGCAAGAGCAACAAGGUUACCUAUAUAUUCAUCAUUUGCUAAAGAAGGUAAUCUUAGCGACUUAUUUGCGAAAGGAGAGGCCAUCUCAACCCUUUUCAAUGUUGUUGGGUUGGGAGCAGGCAUUCAAUUGGCUUCCACAGUUUGUUCAUCAAUCCAAGGAAAGUUGAUAGCAGGCCCUGUGCUUUCUGCCAUCCACAUCUAUAGCGUAGUAGAAGAGAUGCGAGCGGCUCCUGUCAACACACUGAAUCCCCAGAGGACGGCAAUGAUUGUAGCAGAUUUCAUUAAGAAUGGAAAGGUCUCCAGCCCAGCUGACUUGAGAUACCAAGAAAAUCUUCUCUUCCCUGAACGCUUAAUAGAGGAAGCUGGAAGUGUGAUGGUUGGGCAGCCACUCUGCAAGGUCUUGAAUAAGUCUUCGAAGCUUGAGCAGCUUAGAGAUACAUUCCCAAAGGAGAAGUUUCUAAUCAGCUGCAACAACAAGUGGACGGAUCUGGUCCUGGAACAAAGUGCGACAGGGGAGGAUGCAUUGAGGGGGUGGUUGGUUGCUGCUUUUGCUGCGGACAUGGAGAAGUUGGGCCUUGGAUCUAGCCAGACUGUUCUCCCUGUGGCUUAUGAGAAGAUGGAGAGCAUUUUCCCCUCAUUUCUAUCUGAACUGAAGACAAGGGGAUGGCACACCGAUCAGUUUUUAGAUGGAAAUGGCUGCAGAUUUGCAUUUUAAUGCAUGUGGCAUCUGCUUAUUUCAGUUUCAGGAUGAAAGCUAGGAACCCGUUUUAUUUUAAGGUGUGUUUUUCUAAUCUCACACCAGUUUUGGAAUUAGUAAGGGUCUCAACAACCUCUCUUUCUGGUGAGAAAAUUGUAACUUCAACAUGUUGUGUACUCUGCAAUUAUUUUAAUACAUAUCUUGAGGACAUGUACA